CUUUCUUUCGUGCAUGGAAUUCUCCUCCAACUACAUCACUGAGCACAGGUAAAAAUAAAAACCAAUUAAAAAAGAAGAACCCAAUUGUUAUACUGUUAGCUACCUCUUAAUGAUUAUUAAAAUCAGUGAUUGAUUCAAUUGUGUUUGUUCUUGAAUGUUGAAGGAAGUUGGUUAGUAAGUAGGAAUAGCGGAAGUAGUAGUAGUAGGAGGAGGAGGAGGAGGAGUAGAAUGUAGUAGUAAUCUUCAAAAAAAUGUGAUCUUUAUUUUUGGGGCAUUGAAUUUCUCGCAUUCUAUUGGGAAACGGAAAUUAAGGGGUCUCGCCCCUUUUUGUGGGUCGGAUCUUGUACUUCUUAGAACUGUCACAUCUCAAAACACCAUUUUUGAUUCUCUCUUCUCUUUUCUGCUCAUCAUCGUCAUCGUCACCAUCAUCAUCAACAACAAACUCUUUUGUGUUUGAUAGAAGGCAUGCUUAGCUGAUCUUGUUCUGUUUUUGUUUUGGCGCAUCAACCAAAUCAGAUUCAUUGAUUGGUUGUUGAAUAAUUAUUGAUCAGAAUCAGAAUAAUUGAGAUUGGUAUGAUGAUGGAGGAGAGGAAGAAGUUUGUGUGCAAGUAUUGCAGCAAGAGGUUUCCAUGUGGCAAGUCUCUUGGUGGUCACAUCAGGACCCACAUCACUGAAGAAAGAACCACCAUCAAUGCUUCUUCUUCUCCCAUUGCUGCUAACACUCAUGAUCUUCUUCUCAAGAAGAGGAAGAGGGAUUCAUCAUGGCCUACUCAAUCUGCUGCUGCUGCUGGUGGUGCUGCUACUGCUGGUAACAAUAAUAAUAGCCCCAUUUAUGGGCUAAGGGAGAAUCCCAAGAAGACAACAAGGUUUGUGCAUAUUGAUGGUGCUGCUGCCACCAACUUGGCACGUGAGAAGGAAGAAAGGUUCUGCAAGGAAUGUGGGAAAGGCUUUCCAUCAAUGAAAGCUCUGUGUGGCCACAUGGCUUGUCACUCUGACAAAGACAAAGACAGAGAGAAAUUGGUGGUUAUGGCUAUGGAUGAUGAUGGUGAUGAUGAUGAAUAUGGUGAUAAUAAUAGCCAAUCUGAUGCUGAGAGUUCUGGUGGUGCUGCUGCUUCGUUGCUUCCAAGGAGGAGAUCCAAGAGGAUGAUGAGGUUCAAGAAUCUCAGACCCUUUUGUUCUUCUUCUCCAUCUGCUUCUGUCUCUGAAGUGGAGCAGCAGCAGGAGGAGCAAGAAGAGGUUGCUAGGAUGCUCAUGAUGCUCUCAAGAGAUUCCGGCCGGAGGGGUCGAUUCGUGUCUCUUACUGAGUCUUCUGAUAACAAUUCUGUUGUUCUUAACACCAAUAAGGUUGCUGCUGUGACUGUGAGUAAUAACAGUGGCAGGAAGAACUUUGUGCCUAAUGAUUCAGAUUCAGCUGCUGGGUCUCUGAGGAGUGGCCUCAAGAACAAAAUGGUUGAUUCAGAUGUCUCAAUGGAUGAAUUCAAAGGGUGGAAGAAUGUUAAAGAUAAAGACAAAGAGAGAAGAAGCAAAUACAGUAGUACUGUUGCUUUUGCUGCUGCAGUUAAGGAUUUGGAAUAUGAAACAACAAUAUCUACUACUGCUACUACAAGGAAGAAGUUUGAUUUCAGAAAGAGAGCAAAUUAUGAUUCUCUUAUUCACACUUCAACUGAGGUUCCUACCAAGAAUGAAAAAACUGGUUUUGCCAAUGAUGAAUAUGAUGAUUGUUCUUAUGAUUCAACAGAAUAUGAUGAUGUUGAUGAAGAUGAAGAGAGUGAUGAGAACAGCACUGAUACUGAUACUGAUUCAUUUCCUGCUCCAAAGGCUCAUAGCACUAAGGCCAGCACAAAGGCUAAUAAGAAAAAGAAGAACAUGAAGAAGAAGUUGAAGUCAAAGAAAAGCAAGGAACAUGAAUGUCCAAUUUGCUACAAGAUUUUCAAGUCAGGACAAGCAUUAGGAGGACACAAAAGAUCCCAUUUCAUUGGAGGUUCAUCAGAGGAGAACACUUUGGUCAUCAAGCAGCAUCAUGCUGCUCCUUCUUCUCUUGUUGUUGUUCCUAAUUGCCUAAUUGAUCUCAAUCUUCCUGCUCCUGUUGAUGACUAAUGAAGAAGGACCGCAUCAAUUUCCAUCAUCAACGUUGAAACAGCAACAACCAAGGUAGAUGAAAAGUCUGAAAUUUCUUGGAAUGUUUUUCUUUUUUUUCCUUUGUCUUUAUCCUUCAUAUUUCAUACCAGGACAGCAAUUACUACAAUGUAUACAGCUAAGAGGGUAAAUGAUUUUGGUUUCUUAA